UUCGGUUGCCGUAAUUUAUUAAUGUAAACAGUCCGUUUUAUUAUUUUGUGACCUCUGCAUUAUACAAUAAUUCCAACUUGUGAACUCAUAUAUUCACAUCACUAACACAUAUACAUAUAUGCAUAGACAUAUAUAUUUAUAGUUUUUUUUUUGAUCAAAACAUAUAUAUAGUUUAAAUACACAAAUCUGAGUGUUUAUAAAAGUCAUUGUACACUAGUGUCUCCUCUCUCUCAUCCUUUUGGUAUAAUUAGAAAGAGGGGGACAUGUUUUGAGUCUUUCUUGAGCCUCCCAACAACCAUGGCCUUGCUUCCGGUGAAGCCUCUAUCUUUCCACCGCUUUCAGGUUUUCCCCCGGCAUCUUAUUACUCCGGCUGUUUCAACAGUUCCGGCAAUGGUUUCUGCCGGUUUCAAAAGCCAUCAUUUCGUAGGGCUCCCUUCUUAUGAUCUAUGUAUCCAUGAAUCUGUAAGUCAUAUGAGAAGCCUAAGGUCGUGGAGUAAUCGUCGCCGAGUAAGCAAAACCGUCGGCGUGUCUAUGCCGGUGGCUUCGGCUGAGGAUUUACCGGCGGCUUCUUGGGAUUCUUGGAAGCCCGAUAAGACCACGGUGGCUCCGUCACCUAGUGACGUCAUUUGGCCUGCAGCAGGAGCGUUUGCGGCUAUGGCAAUAAUGGGAAGGAUAGAUCAAAUGUUAAACCCUAAAGGGAUCUCAAUGUCGGUUGCACCACUUGGUGCCGUUUCUGCCAUUCUCUUCACCACUCCUUCUGUACCUGCUGCUAGGAAAUACAAUAUAUUCAUGGCUCAAAUAGGUUGUGCAGCCAUUGGAGUAUUGACUUUCUCCAUCUUUGGGCCGGGUUGGCUCUCCCGCAGCAUCGCACUCGCUGCUUCCAUUGCAUUUAUGGUCAUUGCUCGUGCUAAUCAUCCUCCUGCGGCAAGUUUACCACUACUGUUCAUAGACGGGGCAAAGUUACAAAAGUUAAACUUUUGGUACGUAUUAUUCCCCAGUGCAGCGGCUUGCAUCCUCCUCUGCUUCCUCCAAGAGAUCGUGUGCUACUUGAAGAAAAACUUGAAAUUUUGAUGAAUGGAAAAGGGAGAAGUCAAGAGUGUUAUAUGCAUGUAUAGACACAUUGGUGGAGGAGUUCAUGUGCCGAUUUUUUAUAUAUAUUAGACGUUUAUCGAAGAUGGUCGACGUACACAUACAUAAAAAAAAAAAUACGUACAAAUAUACAUACUUUCACAAAACUUGUUUUUUCUGGGGGUUUUUUACGUUGAGCUCAGAUAUUUUAAUGAAACAAUAUUGCAUAUCA